AUUGGACGACGUGUUCUUCUUGUUUUCUCAUCUGGAGAACCAACAAACAAAAUUUUGAUGCUUCAAAUAUCGUGCACUCUCUAACAGAUGAUGAAGUUGAUAUUUGGGCAGUGCAUGGUGGAACGAGUACUUCAAGUUAUCUCAAUGAAGUAGUGCCUGAAUCAUCUCAUCUUUGGACUAUAACAAACCUUAACGAUGAAGACUCUAAAAAUUUCCAAAAGGAAUUUAUCUUAAAUGUUUGCUCGACAAAGGAAGGUAUUUGUCGAACUCCAGUAUGUCCAUCAGACAGAACAAGCAAAUGUAACAGGGAUUAUUCAUGUCCAGGAAGAAGCAAAUGCUGCUCUGGAGCUUGUUAUGGCUGUGUAGAAACAAAAACUGACUGCAGAUUUCCCAUGGAUCUCGCUUUUAUCGUGCAAAAUUCACUGACCGAAAAUGAUUUUCUAAGAGUAAAGCGUUUUAUGAAAGAAGUGAUGAAGCAUUGGAAAUUGGACGAACAAACACAUAUAUUGGUAUUAUUACAUUCAAUGAAGAUGCUAAUAUUAAUCUGGAAUUUUCCGACAGCAAUGUCAUUGGUGCAAAAAGAAAAGAAGAGAAAUUGUUUGACGCAGUUGACAAACUGACAAGAUCACGUGAUCGUUCAACGUCUGGAGUUUAUAAAGCUUUUAUGUUAGCAAAGGAAAGGUUGUUUACUAGCGAGGCAGGAUCGCAUCCCAAUGAAAUCAGGAACGUUAUCUUUAUAACAGAUGGAAAGUUGGAGCAAGAUCUGAUUAGAGUUGUGCGAUCACUUCGUGUUGAUAUUUCCAAUAUCUUUCCAUUUUUUGUGAGUGACAUCGACGAUGAAGACGUGGAUAUUUUGGAGAGGAUAGCUCAACCAGAAGGAAAAAACAAUGUUUAUCUAACAACAUCUUUUGAUGGUUUGGAUCAAUAUAGGAACAAGAUUGCAGAGAAUCUAUGCAUAAGAGGUGGAAGACUUCAAAGUGCAGAGGAACCUGUUAUUGUGAUAAAAGGGCCUCGUGGUGACACAGGAUCUAUUGGUGAACAAGGUGAAGAAGGAGAACCUGGAUUCAAAGGAUCUAAGGGUGCUCCUGGGGAGUUUGGUCCUAUUGGUCCGCCUGGCAUUCCUGGUGAACCAGGCAGUCCUGGUAUUCCUGGAUUAUACGGCCCUGUUGGAUCUCCAGGUUUAAUUUCUAUCGAGCGCUCUGGACGAAAAGGACCUUUGAUUGAUGGCUUGACAUUGCGAAGUGCUGAACAAAACUUUUCAGCAGUUAUUGCAUCUGAAAUUCUUAAGAAUCUAGUACCCGGAACAAGAGGACCAAAAGGAAAAAAGGGCGAGCUGGGUCCUUUUGGGACACCAGGAAAUCCAGGUGGUAUUGGAAAGUAUGGUCAAUGCGGAAGUGAAGGUGUUUUUGGUCAAGUUGGCCAUGAUGGACCAGCCGGGAGAGAGGGUAGUCGUGGUAUUGAUGGAGGAACAGGUUCACCUGGGUUGCCCGGGGAAAAGGGAGAAAUGGGGGAUGAAGGAAAUCAAGGGAGAAAAGGCGAAAAAGGUCCACGUGGAGAAUUUGGUGGACAAGGGACAAUGGGAGAUAAAGGAGACAAUGGAGACGGGGGUGAUGUGGGAAUAAUUGGUGAAGACGGUCCACGUGGGAAAAAGGGAGAAAGAGGAGAGCCUGGUGUUGAUGGUGAAACUGGAUUCAAAGGAUUUAUAGGAGGACAAGGCGAAGAAGGACAAAGAGGAAUGAGAGGGAAAGCGGGUGAGCGAGGUCGACCUGGUUCCAUUGGUUUUAGAGGGACGUCUGGUUUUCUGGGUGUUCAAGGUGCAGUGGGGCUUCCGGGAACAACUGGUCAGCCUGGAGAAGUUGGGGAUGUUGGUAGUGCUGGUAUAAAAGGAAAGCCAGGAAAGAAUGGCAAACGUGGUCCAGGUGGUCCCAAAGGAAAGCCAGGAGACUUGGGUGAUCAGGGAGUAAAAGGCAUGACUGGAUUUACUGGUGUUAGAGGAGAAAGUGGUGUAAUGGGCGAUAUUGGGAAAGAUGCACUUAAUGGAGAAACAGGUGAACCCGGAGUAGAUGGCAUUAACGGAGCCCAGGGAGACAGUGGAAUGACGGGCGAAAAAGGCAUUGGUGGUGUGAAUGGAAUUCCUGGAUCAAAGGGAAGACUGGGAGAUAUCGGUGACACUGGGAAACCUGGACGUAGAGGAAUUGAUGGAUCACCUGGACAGAAAGGAGAGAUAGGACCCGAUGGACAUCAAGGUCAACCUGGGGAAAUGCCCUCGGAGUCUGGUGAAAAAGGUCGUCAUGGUGACCGCGGUGAAAAAGGAAGCAGAGGUGAUAUAGGUUUUCCUGGAACUCGAGGUGCUCGUGGACCAAAGGGUUUACCAGGCGAACGUGGUAUCGUUGGAUUUCCUGGAACUCCUGGAUCACCAGGAUUUCCCGGUACAGAUGGUUAUUUUGGGCCUCAUGGUGCCAUAGGAUAUCCUGGACUGAGAGGGAUCCCUGGUCUUCGUGGUGUUAAUGGUUUGCAGGGGAGACCUGGUCCAGUAGGUGAGCCUGGAGCCAAAGGAGUUAAUGGAGAAAAGGGUUUUCGAGGUCCCCCGGGAUUUCCAGGUCCUCCAGGUGUUGCUGCUCCACCGGGUCCAUUUGGAUUUCCAGGUGAACCUGGAGAAGAUGGAAAAAAGGGAGCGAGGGGUGUUCGUGGGUUGACAGGAAGUGUUGGUAACGAUGGUGUCAUUGGCAAUAAGGGUUUACGAGGAACACGAGGCAUUCAAGGCAACAAGGGGAAAAAGGGAUCAACAGGAUUAAAAGGGGUUGGAGGGGCUCCUGGCGAUAAAGGAUUUCGUGGAAGACCUGGGGCCAUUGGAUCACGAGGAGAAAGAGGAUCUCCAGGACCAAAAGGACUACGUGGUAUGGAAGGGGAUGAUGGUGCACGUGGUAAAAAGGGCAAUCGUGGACCAAGAGGACAAAUUGGAUUGACUGGUCUGGAUGGAGACAAGGGCGAAGUUGGAAGACGUGGAGUGUUGGGUCAAGCGGGGAAAAAUGGAGAUCCAGGAGAAACAGGAUCUAAGGGAACGCGAGGAAAAAAGGGCGCGAAAGGCGGCAAGGGAGUCAGGGGUGAUACAGGGAUCCCAGGAGACCAAGGGCAAACUGGAAUAGAUGGUUUUUCUGGAGCAGCAGGAUUAAUUGGUGACACUGGUCUUGGUGGUAAUCCGGGACCUCCAGGACCUGCAGGAUCUCCUGGAAUCCAAGGUUUACCAGGAGAAAAGGGUCCAGAAGGUGACAUAGGUGAACCAGGGCUACCAGGAUUAAAGGGUAACCAGGGAUACCCUGGAUCCAUUGGUAGUGUUGGGGCAUCUGGUGAACGUGGCCAAAAAGGUGUUGCAGGAACGGGUACGUUGCCUGGAGAAAAAGGCUAUCGUGGACAAGAGGGGUAUCAAGGAUCAAUUGGGGCAUCUGGAGUUCAAGGGGUCCAGGGUGAAAAGGGGGAAAAAGGAGAUCCAGGACUUCUUGGUGGUAAAGGAGAAAAGGGAAUAAAGGGUAUUAAAAGUGAAACUGGCAUUGACGGUGAUGAUGGUGAAAAAGGCGUCAAAGGAGUUAAAGGAGUUAAUGGAGACCAAGGUGUAACGGGAGAUACAGGAAUAAAUGGUGAAGAUGGGCCCCCUGGAAGAAUUGGGAUUCCUGGUGAACAGGGACAAAAUGGUUUACCUGGCGAGAGCGGCAAAAAAGGUCAAAAAGGCUUGAAAGGAAAUGAGGGUAUCCGUGGUCCAAAAGGUUCCUCUGGUAAUCCUGGCAGCCAGGGUCAGAUGGGAGAUGAUGGACCCACAGGUGAAAAUGGCGAGGCUUCAACUCCGGGUCUUAAGGGUAUUCCAGGUGAUCCAGGUUUACCAGGUGAAUCUGCAAAUGGCACAGUUGGACCAUCUGGUCCUCCUGGACCUGUCGGCAUACCUGGUAUUAUUGGCUUGAAGGGUGUCAGAGGUCCACCUGGAACCCCAGGAGCCAAAGGAAUCGCACCUCGGGGUGAAAAUGGAACAGCUGGAACUGUUGGAGCAACUGGAUUACCAGGGAAUAAAGGUGUUAAAGGUGAUGUUGGAAAAACUGGAAUAAAUGCUACGAAAGGGCAAAAGGGAGAGAAAGGUGUAGUUGGACCACAAGGUGAUAGUGUUAAGGGUGACCGUGGACCAAUUGGUUUACCUGGGCCUGUGGGAGCCCAGGGAGAACCGGGUCCAGCUGUUCGUGGUUUCAAAGGUUCUCGGGGAAAUGCUGGCUUUAAAGGUGUUCGAGGUUCUCAGGGACCACCGGGUUUACCUGGGUCGGUAGGAGCACAAGCUGUGUCGUUCAAUGGUACAACGAUAAUUAUUUACCACAACGAAACAUAUUCGGAAUACAUUCCCGUUGACGUGAAUUCCAAUAUUUCAAAACGUUACCGGAAGAUCCAUGAAAAUCUUAAUCUUUUUAAGAAACCAAAUGGCUCGUUAUUAUACCCGGCAAUUUCAUGUGCUCAUCUAUUUUCGGACUAUCCGCAGUUUCCUAGUGGUCGUUAUUGGAUUGAUCCAAACCAAGGUUCCUAUGAAGACGCAGAAGAAGUGUAUUGUGACUUUGAAUAUAAUGCAACAUGUAUUGAACCUUCAUUGAAAAAGAAGGAAAAUAAUACGUGGUUUAUUGGCUCUGACCUCAUCACGAACAUUACCAACAGCACAAAAUUUAACAGCUCUAAUGAUUACAAGUGGUUAUUGCAAGAGCUUGAAGUCGGAGAUUCAUAUCAAUUCAACUACACCCUUGACUAUGGUCAACUUCAGAUGUUGCAGCUUCAUAGCUCGUUGGCAUGGCAACGCAUAAUUUAUCACUGUUUUAACUCCACUUUAUUGAGUAAUUCCACUGAAAAUUUCUUUAAACUUCAAGGAGAUGAUGACACGGAGUUUCACCGUCAAAUGCCUCUGGAUGAGACAGUCAUUAUGAUCGAAGAUAACUGUAAAAUCAAAGGAAACACAUGGAGAAAAACGGAAAUAGAAAUACGAGCUAAAGAUCCAAGAAAUCUUCCAAUACGAGAUGUUGGUGUUUAUGAUGUACCAAAUCAGGAUGAAAAAUUGGGUUUUGAACUGGGACGAGUUUGUUUUGGUCCUAAGUUUUUAGAUAAAAUUUGAAGAGAACAAAUUCAUCGUUCCGACUUUAGUUUUUUCUUGGCAGAAAAACCAUCGAUAAAAACCAGCUUCGUUCUUAGUGCAAUGUUUCCGUCAACGAUCCAAUGGAUUGUUGUUUCCUUAUCCUCAAAGAUGAUUUUCAACACAGCUCUUGAGCAAUUAGUUUUUGAUAGUUUAACUUACAACAUAUAGGAAGAACAUAAUUUUCAUAAUAAAGAACCUUCAUAAUAA